CUCCCCUCCUAAUCCUCAUUCUUCCCUCGCAGACCUUUUCUCUCUCCAUGUUGUGCUGGGUCCCUGUGAUUUUUCCCCUGCGGGAACCAGCCAGCAGUAUUACACUGGUGGCUAUAAUUAAACCUUCAACAAGCAGCAAACGUUAAUCCCUUUCAAAAUCCACUUUAAGACUCCCCAAUUUCCAGUUGUAGAUAUUUGUACGCACGCACGCACGCUUGUUUAUAUAUACCCAACUUGCAUUUUCAGGUGUAAGGAUAACUUCUUGUAGAGAGAUGGCGGAAGAGUUAUGGCUGCCGUCGGAGUUUCUAGCUGAUGAGAAACAACUUAUGAAGUACAGGGUUAACGUUAACAAGGGGAAAAGGCAUGAUGAUCCCUAUGGGUUUGAAAACUUUUACAGGCCCAACUCCAAUCUGAGUUCACCUGUUGAGUCAAUCGAGAAUGAGAGCGACGAGGAUGACUACAUCACUGGGUUAACUCGAAAAAUUGCUAACUCCACUCUUCGAGAUCCCAACUGCCCCUUCGAAAACCCAAAGGGUAUGGGGCUCUCUUGUUCGCCACAAUCAACUUUGUGCAGUGUUACGGGUUGGUGUGAAUGCAAGCAUAGGUCCAGCUGCUGCAUUUCACGUGUUUCAUCGCAUCCGCGUGUCAACUUGAAAGAUGGAGCCGCGUGGGAUUUGCUGUAUGCGGCCACAGAGGAGGCGGCUAGGAUGAGAAUGAUUCAAGAAGCAAAUGGAUUCUACUCGAGCAACAAGAGAGUUGGUGGAGUCCUGGUACCUCCUAGAAAGCCCGGCUAUGUUACGGCACCACUCAAAAAGCCAAAUUAUGGCUCUGGGAUAUUCGCAAAUCAAAGCCACCUUUCAUAUCGGCAAUUACAAGCUACCCAAUUCCAGGAGUUGAAGCUGCAUUCUAUGAUGAAGCAACGGCAGGGAAGUGGUUUUUUGGGACAGGAGAAAAUUGGGUACCAACAGAUGGUGCAGAGUGUUAGAAAAAAUGGAGAAAGAUCUCAGGGGUUAUCAGUGGCUGCUUGGCCUACUUUACCAAAAUCUCAACAGAAACGUGAACUACAGCCGGGGUCAGGCAUGAGGGCGGUGUUUCUUGGUGAUCGGGGGACCAAAAAAGAACGUUCAGGAACCGGUGUUUUCUUGCCUAGAAGAUUUGAACCCGCUACUGGAACUCGCAAGAAACCAGGAUGUUCCACAUUUCUGAUACCAGAUCAAGUUGCUCAGGCCCUGAAUUUGAAUUUAGAGUCUAUGAAUACCCAGCCACGUCCACAGAUCCCAGACUAUGAUGCUGCUUCGACGUAUCGAAACAAUCUCCAGAUUUCAGAGCAGAACCACAACAAAAAUCUGAGGGCCCAACCAGCAGUGAAUCAAGAACCGAGGCUUCCCCAGGAGUGGACUUAUUAACCCAAAUCAACACUGUUUCGCCAAUUGGUUUUCUCUAUUCGGGUUUUUGUUUUUACUAUAUCGUGAAAAUGGAAGUUCACGUGGUUUUAGAAGAAAGAAAUUAAACGGCAGUUUAGUAUUACAUUUUGGGACUAGUGAUUGUAUUAUAGUAAAGUAGUUUUUGAAUAGAAGAUGGAGAUGAUGAUGAAAGUGUUUAGCAACAGAAGGUUGUUUUUGUUGAUUUGGUUCAAAGAAGAUGAAAUUUGGUUAUGUAGAACUUUGAAAAGUUAAUUCUGUAUCAACUUUUGCCUAUUAUUCGGACU